UUGUUAAUGGCCAAAUUGAGCGCGUCCGCUCAGUAAAAUUCAUUCCGCCGACGCGCAAUUUAAGCUUCAAUCUGGGCAAAGUGGACAAUCAGCAAACCCCAGAUCAUGUAAAUCAAAAAGGCAAAGACACCGACCGAAGAGUCUGGAUUACACUGCUCGUCGGGGAAAGCCGGUGAAUAAACAUAUCCCAUGAGAGGAUGGACCGAGCAGUGGCCGAUACAGACUAAAAACACAGAUUUUUGGCAGCUGUCUUCUCCCGUCCAGAAAUAACGCUCAGAAGGCGUCGGGAAUCCCCUUUGUCCCCACGUGUGGAUGAGCGUCGGAGAAAGGUGUGAAGCUGUUGCAGUAGGACAGCGAGGGAGAUUCUCCAAGAAAAAUGAGGAAGAGCAGGAGUGUUCUCACGGUAUCUCCCAACGAUGACAGCAGAGAGCCUCCAGACUGCUGCCUUAGUGAGUCUUUCACCUCCCCGUCUUGCACGCUGGGUGUUGACCUGCGCCGGGGGCGACGCCGCUUCUCAGGCAACCUGCAGCUGCCCCCACUGUCAUGGCGACAGGGGGAGAGGUCACGGACGCCGGACGAUGAAGUCAUGGCCAGGCCGACCUCCCUGCCAUUUGGAGCCCCUCCCAGGAUAGACAUCACCCCAGUUGACCCUGACUGUUUUGAUGUGGAAAAUGGCCCCUCAGCCAGCUGCAGCCCUCUGGACCCCCAGGCGUCUCCGGGCUCUGGUCUGGUCCUCCACACCAACUUCCCUGGACACAACCAGCGUAGAGAGUCCUUCCUCUACCGCUCCGACAGCGACUACGACCUGUCGCCCAAGUCCAUGUCCAGAAACUCUUCCAUUGCCUCCGAACUACAUGGUGACGACCUGAUCGUAACGCCUUUUGCUCAGGUUCUGGCAAGCCUUCGAAGUGUAAGGAACAACUUCACUGUCCUAACCAAUGUCCAGUGUGCCUCUAACAAGAGGUCUCCUGCAGCCACUACUCAGCCUCCCAUCACUAGAGUUUGUCUCCCAGAUGAGGCGUACCAGAAGCUGGCCAUGGAGACGAUGGAGGAGCUGGACUGGUGUCUGGACCAGCUGGAGACCAUCCAGACCUACCGCUCCGUCAGUGACAUGGCUUCCAACAAGUUCAAGAGAAUGUUGAAUCGGGAGUUGACGCACCUAUCCGAGAUGAGUCGGUCUGGGAACCAGGUGUCCGAGUUCAUCUCCAAUACUUUCCUAGACAAACAGAACGAGGUGGAGAUCCCUUCGCCGACGUCCAAGACGCGAGAGAAGAAGAAGCAUCAGAAGCAGCAGCUGAUGACACAGAUCAGUGGGGUCAAGAAGGUCUCCCACGGGCCCUCGCUCUCCAGCAGCUCCAUCUCGCGCUUCGGCGUCAAGACCGACAAGGAGGAGCUGCUGUCCAAGGAGCUGGAGGACCUCAACAAGUGGGGUCUGAACAUCUUUACUGUCUCAGAGUACUCCAACAACCGGCCGCUCACCUGCAUCAUGUACGCCAUCUUCCAGGAGCGAGACCUGUUGAAGACAUUCAAGAUCCCAGUAGAUACAUUUGUGGCCUACAUGAUGACUCUGGAGGACCACUACCAUUCAGAUGUGGCGUAUCAUAACAGCCUCCAUGCUGCCGAUGUAGCCCAGUCCACACACAUCCUCCUCUCCACCCCAGCCCUGGAUGCCGUCUUCACAGAUCUUGAGAUCCUAGCAGCCAUCUUUGCUGCAGCUAUCCAUGAUGUUGACCACCCUGGAGUGUCAAACCAAUUCUUAAUCAAUACCAACUCUGAGCUGGCACUGAUGUACAACGAUGAGUCUGUGCUGGAGAACCAUCACUUGGCUGUGGGCUUCAAGCUAUUACAGGAGGACAACUGUGAUAUCUUCCAGAACCUCACCAAGAAACAACGCCAGUCGCUACGCAAGAUGGUCAUCGACAUGGUAUUGGCCACUGACAUGUCCAAACACAUGAGUCUGCUGGCUGAUCUGAAGACCAUGGUGGAGACCAAGAAGGUGACCAGCUCUGGAGUGCUGCUGCUGGACAACUACACCGACAGGAUACAGGUGCUACGUAACAUGGUGCACUGUGCUGACCUGAGCAACCCCACCAAGUCCUUAGAGCUGUAUCGACAGUGGACCGAUCGGAUAAUGGAGGAGUUCUUCCACCAGGGAGACAGAGAGAGGGAGCGGGGGAUGGAGAUCAGCCCCAUGUGUGACAAACACACAGCGUCCGUGGAGAAGAGCCAGGUGGGUUUCAUCGACUACAUCGUCCACCCCCUGUGGGAGACCUGGGCCGACCUGGUCCACCCCGACGCCCAGGACAUCCUGGACACGUUGGAGGACAACAGGAACUGGUACCAGAGCAUGAUCCCCCAGAGCCCCUCCCCUCCCUUUUACGACCAGGGCACAGACGGACACAGCGGGGGCACUGGAGGGCAGGGAGGCGGGGAGAAGUUUCAGUUUGAGCUGACCUUGGAGGAGGAGGAUUCGGACGUAAUAGAGAAAGACGGCGAAGGGGAAGAGGAGGAGGAGGAGGAGGAGGAAGAGGAGGAGGAGGAUAGUUUAGGAGAGUCCUCCCGCUCUCCGCCCCUGGACUACUCCGACGGUCAGGAGCAGGAGGAGGGCAGCACGAUGGAGCCCACGACGGCGAUAGAGAUCGUCACUCACGAGGCGUCGCCCACAGACACAUAGGGCUUCCACCGGUCGAGCUGAUGCGGCGGUUUGAAAGUUUUAAGAAAAGAGGGCAGAUCCUCUUACAGCUGUGCUUUUUAACAAGCCCACAGAAGCAGGGGCUUAGUUUUAGCCCGCAUUGGGGCGUCUUGCACUUGGGUGUUUGGAGCCAAGCACGGAGGGACAGUUUCAGUGAAGCGGCUACAGAGUUCUCAGGAAAUAAAUGCUGCGAACAAUUUCAACCUGAUCGACAGGUGACUGAGAGUGGAACUUGAAGGAUUUUGGCCAGUUUGGGAGAUGGUUGCUUUUAUUUUCUGGACUGGCAUUAAAUGGACAUUGACACUACUGAGAGAAGUUUUGUACCUUAAGACUUUUUUACGGACACAAUAUGUUCUAGAAGUAGCAUAGAGUAAGAUCUACUGAUGGAGACACAUUUGUAUAGCAAGAGAAAGUGUUUACUUUUUUCCUGUACCAUUUGUCAAAGGACUUUUGUGUGCCUUUUUUACUAUUGUCUUUAUAAUAGUUUUUUAUUUAUUGAACACUCUAGUAUGUCUGUGAAAUGUUUUUGUUUGUUUUUUCUUAUCUGAAAGAGCAGAAUCUUUUUUGUAUCUCAGAAAAAGAGAACAGUCUUCCAUGUAUUGGGCAAUAGAGAAAUCCAAACAAACUUCGACAAACAAUUCUUGGACAAACUCAUCUAAAUAGGUGAACACCAUAUUAUACGCACAUUUCGUCACGUUUAUGUUUUAAUUGGAGCACAAACUAUAUCUUUAUACAUUGAAUUCAAAUGCAUACAUUAACGAUUCACGUUUCAUGUUCACUGUCAACAUUGUUGCUUUCCAUAUCAGAUGUCACAGUAAAUGAAUGUCAGUCACUCUGAAAUAUGCCACCUGUAUUAUCAUCCUCCUUUUCUUAAUGUACCUUCUUUUCCUCUUUGAGUGGCCUGCAGACCAUUAGGACUAACUGCCUUUUCACACCAAUUUUAAUGCAAAACACUCUAUAUGAGAUACAAACCUCACACUCGUAACAAUAUGAUUAUACAUCCUAAAUUGCUAAAUUGUUACAGACAUUUCAAAUGGCUUAUUUAUUCGAUUUUCUUUCCCCCAUUUUUGCACUGGUGUGAAUUGGCCUUUAGUCCAGUUCAAAUCCUUCUAAUUUACAACAUUAUUGGAAAAAAAAAGUUCAAUGAGCAAAAAUAGAAACAGUUAGCCAGGGGAAAAAAAAGAUGAUGUGCAGAUCUAUAUUUUUUCAAAAAAAAAAAAAAAAUUUUAGGGAAAAAACUGGCCAGGCAGAAAUGUACAACGGCAGUGGAUCUAUAUUUAGCCCACAGGUAUGCUGCAGUCUUAAUAAUCCUGUUAGUUGGGACGGGUCCCGAUCUCAGAGCCGCUGAUGUAACAGCCCCCUGCCCCCGUGCAAUCAGUCCCUACCCACAUGACUGAAGGUGCUCUUACAGUUGCCUGUCUGAAAGUCGCAUUCAGACGUUCAUCAACGCCAUUAUUCACAUGGUUUACAAACCCCCGUGGGCUCCGGGGACACGACCCCAAAACAAUCAGGCCACCUAUUUUUUCCCUCACAAUAAAAAAUCCCCCCAAGUGCUGCUUGUGCUCAUUGACGUCAAUUGAAUCUUUCUGUCCCCUCCCCCUCCCUCCCCCUCCACUGUAUCAGAUUUCCAGGACAGGCAGGUUAUUAGGAUUUGGCACAGAUGGAAUUGGUAGAUUCAGCGUGACUGAAAUGCUUUUAGACAAGCAGAAAGAGAGGCGGAAGAAGUAACUUGGUGCUCGAGUUUGAAAACAAACCAAAAUGUCACCACACCAUCCUUGAAGAGCGUUCCUUGAUUAUGAGUCGGGCAUUCAAAAUGGUUUGCAGACCUCAACGUUUCGGCUCCAUCCAUGACUGGCAUUCAUGGGUGGGCUUCUUGCAUCUGUCAUUGCCAUCUUUUCAUUUCCUUAAUAGUUUACUGAUAUACUCAAAGGUACUUCAGCUACUUUCUUGUACACCCUCACUCCUGCAUGCCUCAGAGGCAGUCGUUUGCGUGCAGUAUGUACGGAUGGUUUCGUGUGCAUGUGUUUUUGUACGUUUGCCUGUGUGUGUGCAUGUGUGUGUUUGAAUGUGUCGUCUUUGUCAUAAGGCCUUACCCCAUCACACCACCUGUUUGUCUCUACUGUUUGUCGCUAGGAGCUCAAGUUGGUCCUUUUUGCUGUUUAUAACAGUGUGUAUUUAUUCUAUACUUUAAGCUUGUAAAUAAGAAAUACUGGUUCAGUGUAAGAUCUAUUUUAAUUUAUAUGCACUUGCAUUACCUGGAAGUGGUGGUGUCUAAUGUGUAGAAGACUCUGGAUUUGAGUCUUUUUAUAUUCUGUAUUAUAUAUUGUUUUUUUAUAUAUAUUAAAAUAUAUAUAUAAAAAUAUAUCUAAGUAUAUAUUCGCACAAUGUUUUGAGUGCCCAGCAGAGCAGCAGCUAGAGGGACAUGCUGUUGCUGUCACAUGACAACCUUGCACCUCCAAAACAGGAUUCCUCCUCACUUCUUUUACUUUUUUUUCCCCCACAUGAAAGAGUUUAUAUGGUUUUUGUGGCACAGUCACUGACAUGUGAAUAAGAGAAGCCCUGCCAUGCUUCAUAGGCAACAAUAUUUUUUAACCAAAAUCUCCUAUUCCAAUUCAGGGAUCCCUCUGAAAUAUUUUGACCCAUGGCAUAUAUUUGGAAACCUAAAAUUUUCUUUGAGGAAAAACUAGAAGUUUGUCUACUCUCUCUCAACUAAUUUUGAGUUUUAUCAAUUUAUUUGUUUAUUUUUUCAGUAAAGAACAGUUGCUUGACCAUGUGAGGUUUUGGAAGCACAAGGUUUCCGUCUGACAGCAGCAGUCAGGUAACCCAGGGGCGACAUAGACGACAUGUUAAACUGCAUAGGCUUGGAUAUAGGAUACAUACAAGCUAGCUAUGGAGAACAGAAGCUUAGUCAAUGCUCGGUAUCAAAAUACACAAAUAGCUUUUCUCUCAGCGGCUUGUCGCAACCUAAGCUUAUCCAUCCAGCAUUUUGAAUGCAGAUUGCUGAUAUACAAGGUUCAGAUACAGGUUCGACUGACAAACACAAAGCGAUUGUCUCCUUUUACACCUUACGCACUUCUUGUAAAAGUAGAUAACACGGGGCAGGUAUUGGUAGCAUGCUACAAUACGCCUCGCACUGACGUGAAUCGUACUGAAUUAACAACAAAACGUGAUCUUAUGUAACUGAUUGUGCUAAUGUGUGAACUCUUUCUGACCAAACUUGUUAGCAGUUUUGAAAUUCAAAUUUGUCAGUAUUAACAUUGUUUAUCUAUGUUCAAGCUUUUUUUGGUCCCAGUUGUGUCCAAAUGGUUAGCCAGAUUUAGCACUAUCUGCAUGAGAUGGGUUUUUUAUGUCAAUAAUAUGUUCAAGUCCGCCAGUUGUUGCAGGCGGGUUAUUAAAUGUUUCACACAAUGUAUGGUAUUAUAUUGUAUAUUGUGUUCAAAAUGAAAUCUGAAAUACUUUUUCUAUGAAGUGAUUAAAAGCAAAGCAUGAAUAUAUUC